AUGACAUUUCUAGGACAUGUAGUGUCGGUAGAGGGAAUAAGGGUGGAUCCUCAGAAAAUUAAAGCUGUAGUAGAUUGGAAACCACCGAAGAUGACUGCUAAGCAACAAGAGAGUUUUGAGAAACUGAAAGAUGUUUUGACUAAGGCUCCUAUUUUGAUACAUCCAGAGUCUGGGAAGGAAUUUACUGUUUAUAGUGAUGCAUCGCACAUUAGCUUGGGUUGUAUGUUGAUGCAAGAUGGUAAGGUGGUUGCUUAUGCAUCUCGUCAGCUCAAGCCUCAUGAGACAAAUUACCCCAUUCAUGACUUGGAAUUAGCUGCGGUGGUGUUUGCAUUGAAGACUUGGUGA